AUGUCCGUGUGCUGUCGGACUAAGGUGGAUGGAUGGCAAUUCUGGUUGCACCGUACAUUUCAUGACGAACUCGAUGAUGUUUCAUUUGAAGGACGGCGAUGUGCAAAGCUGUUCGCUGUCCAUAGCGGCCUCGAACUCCUCUGUUGUCGGUCCAGACUUGUGAGGAAACCUGUGCUGUGGGAUGAAAAUUGUGAUGUCGUUAUUUGGUCUCAGUUCAAAACCCGAGCACACAACAAUCUCACAUUUGUCGCCCUGAUGAAUCUGGUAUCGUCUACCUGUCUGCGGUCAGCUGUGAUGCUGCGGAACGGAAAACGGGAUGUCCUGCCUGAGCUGAACGCCAAUUGGGGCAUGCUGGUGCUAAUAACUGCAGGCGCUGGGCCUUCUUUUACCGGUCUUCAGUUAUCUGGCGAUGGAUCCGAACAGUCCGGGAGCUCAUGCUAUUAUAAGGAUUCACGUGAUCGUGUUGAUGCCGCUGAACCGCUGGUAAUACUUAUUGUAUCGUGGCCGGUUGGCCCUCCUGCAAACGGGCCACAAUACACCAAGAUACGUGUACCAGGGCUUCCGCACGUCAUGCGCACGCCCGAGAUCCACAUGACCAUACAGCCAUGUCAAGUCAAGCUAUGCCCUGCUUUUGACACUGAUAUUCCGCAGCUCCUCAUGUUCCGAGUCAUGUUCAUGGCUGUGCGAAGGUACCGUCGGGCCGUCCACCGCGGGGGUGUCUUCCGCGAACGCUUUCCUCGGACAUACAUUUUGCAAAUAGGCGUAGCACCACAGGUGCAGGAGAACUGUAUUAUUAGGUUCGCAGCUCAUUGCAUUCCCGAGUAUGCAUAA